AUGUCUAUGUUUAUGGAGAUGAUUGCGAGAAAGGGUCCGUUCCUCGGCAGCGACACCAAAGAAAUCAGCGAAAACUUUCAUGAGACUUUUAAAUCGCUUGGAAAGAAAUUCUACGCUGUGCGCUCGUUUGCCAUUCGUCAACCGUUCGACGAGCAUCGCGAUUUCAUUUUUCUUUUGGAUGAGAACUAUGAGGAGAAUUCGAAUGCUCGUCAAGUACGAUUGGAAAUGAUCUGGCUAUAUUCU